UGACAUUAUUUCUUUCUCUACAAGGAGUGUUAGGAGGUAUGGGGAGCCCACGAAGGCUCCUCUUUGUUUGUCCUUAACACCUCGCUUCUGUGUUUCUCGGGAAUGCCACUGGGCUCAUGCUUCUGGUCUCUGGGAGCUGCGGUGGAUGGGCAUUUGUGACAGCACUAUGGGACUGAGUAACACUCUCUUUGUGAUGGCCUUCCUGCUUUCUGGUGCUGCUUCCAUAAAGAGCCAGGCAUAUUUCAAUGAGACUGGACACCUGCCAUGCCACUUUCCAAACUCUCAAAACAUAAGCCUGGAUGAGCUGGUACUAUUUUGGCAGAACCAGGAUAAGAUGGUUCUGUAUGAGCUAUAUUUAGGCAAAGAGAACCCUGACAAUGUUCAUGCCGAGUAUAAGGGCCGCACAAGCUUUGACCAGGACAGUUGGACCCUGAGACUCCACAACGUUCAGAUCAAGGACAAAGGCUUGUAUCAGUGUUUCAUCCAUCAUAAAGGGCCCAAAGGACUGGUUCCCGCCUACCAGAUGAGUUCUGAGCUAUCAGUGCUUGCUAACUUCAGUCAACCUGAAAUACUGCUAAUUUCUAAUAGAACAGAAAAUUCUGACAUCAUAAAUUUGACCUGCUCAUCUACACAAGGUUACCCAGAACCUAAGAAGAUGUAUUUUUUGCUAGAAACUGAGAAUUCAACUACUAAGUAUGAUGCUGUCAUGAAUAAAUCUCAAAAUAAUGUCACGGAACUAUACAACGUUUCUAUCAGCUUGUCUUUUUCAGUCCCUUCCGAAACAAACAAUGUGAGCAUCUUCUGUGUCCUGCAGCCUGAGCCAAUGGAGACAGAGCUUCUCUCCCCACCUUACAAUAUAGGUGCAAAGCCACGUGAGACACCCCUGCCUGACAAAGACCACACCGUCUGGAUUGCAGGUCUACUUCUAACACUGGUCAUUGUGUGUGUGAUGCUGUUGUUUCUAACCCGAAGGAAAUGGAAGAAGAAGCAGCCUGGCCGCUCUCGUGAGUGUGAAACCAUGAGAGUGGAGGAGAAAGAGAGUGAACAGACUGAGGAAAGAGUAGAAAAUCGUGAAAUAUCCGAUGAAGCCCGGCGUGUUGUUAACAUUUCGAAGACAGCCUCAGGCGACUAAAGUGUUACACGUUUUUAAUUAAAGAGUAAAAUCCAUAUGACUAUCCAUUUUUUAUAUGCUUUCUUUUUCGAGUUUUUGGCUGAUCUUUUUUGUCUCCUCAAACCUUCCCAGAAGGCAAAAAAAUGUUACCAUUAAUAAUAGUGGGGGCUCCAGGACUCCUAAGUGAAAUAGCCUCCCUAUAAUGCCAGCUCUGCUCCCCAGACCAGGAGCAGAUUGUAACUGCUUCUUUUCAUUUCAAAGCAUAUUUGUGGGCCAAGCCCACCUGAUUGGUUUCUUGCUCGGGAAUAAUGUUUAAGACUAACACCUCCUGUUUCAGAUUCAGCCUCUUUUCUUAAUUUUGUAAAUUGUGUUUUAUGUAGAACUCCCAAUUCCUGGAAUAGUGGCUUUUAUCUACUCUGAAUUCUUAGGUAGUGCCUCAUUCCAUCUUGUGUACCUGUGACUGAACAACUAUCUCUUCAGUCUGGGUGGGAGUUAUGUAUUUUAUGGCUUUAUAGUGUUAAUAUUAAUAUUAUGACAUAUUAAGAAAUGUGUACUAUAAUAAUGUAAUUACUAUGCCCUGAGAAAAGUCCACCCUCUGCUAAGGAGUUCUUGUCCCUCUGUGAGGGCCAAGGAAAGCAGUGGCCUAGUUGCUGAACAAUGAGCAGACCAAUUCAAAAUUUGGAAAAUUAGGAGAGACAGAGAUGGAACCAACUCUGGAUCCUGGAGCCAUUUCUAUCUGGGCUGUUGCUAAUACUGAGGAGGAUCCACCUACCCAACAAGCUAUUGAGAAGCCUUAGCAGAGAGCGCAGGAUAAAGCAGGAGCGCACUAUACAUCACGAACCCUAUGUCUCUUCUUAAAAAAAAGGACUGAGCUGAUGGCCAGGGGCAACUGUGCAAGAGUCAACAGAGAGAUCACAAUACUCAAAAGAGAGAAAAAUGAAAGAUCUUGACCAACAGAGAUACACGUGAAUGUCCAGUCCUUCGACAAGCCUUGGAACAAGCAACAGAUUCACAAUCUGUCCAAAUGGACUUAAGACAGACAGCAGUUUCCCUGGUGGUUGGUGAGAGGUUUUGAUAAUACCCAAGUUCUUGUGAAGUUUUAUCUGGCUGGAAGCAGAGCUGGGGAGGGUGAGCUAUCAUCCUGAUAAUGGGAUGAAUGGGAGAGGCUUAGGACUCUUUCAACUAAUGGCUGAGAGAGAAAGAGCUGGAAUGGAAUUAGGAGGAUGAGGAUGCAAAUCAUCCAGAGGCUGAUUUAGCCUGCAGAUGUCCUAAGGAGGUACCAGAUGGCCCAGAGCAGGACUAGUGAACUGGUGUCUGAGGACUGGCUCUGCGUCAUUCUCAACGAUAGGAAAACUGGGCAUAGGACAGGAAUAUACCAGCCCAGCAGAAAUGAAUUAGGAGACCCUGGCUCUAAGGUAGCAUCACUAUGGGAUGGAGCAGCCUCAGCCCAAACUUAAAGAGAACUUUGGGAGGCCAAAGCUGCAGAAAUAGAUUUUAUUCCACAUAAAGGACCCUAGAGGGUUGUAGACGGCCGUGCUAGCCAUGCUUGUCCUUGUAAUAUUACCAUUUAUAUGCUCACCCUGCCCCUGCCUUCGUUAGGCUCUACGCAUCGUACUCGUUCCUAACAUGUUUUGUACAUAUUUCUCAAUAAAUUUUUAUUAAAUUUAA